GGUCGGCCACCAUUUUGGGAGUCAAAACAGGCAACAAACAGCAGCGCACACCUCCACGCUUCUCCCGUGGCCUUACUAUGGUUCACACCUGUGUGGUGGCCGGCUGUAGGAACAGAAGGACACCGGGCACCACCUUAUCUUUCUACCGCUUCCCCCGGGACCCCGACAGGAAGCAGCGCUGGAUAGCUGCCGUGAACCGAGAGGGCUGGGUGCCCAACGACGGCAGUCGGCUGUGUAGUACUCACUUCAUCUCAGGUAAACAGGUGAAGAAUCCACGUUCGCCAGAUUAUGUUCCUUCUGUCUUCACCUCAGCUCCCUUAUCUCCAGAGAUGAAGGAGCCAGGUGCCUUGGAGAUCCUGGACAAGCAGGAAGCACGCGUGGAGGCAGCCAAUGCCCUGCUGUUCCUGCAGGGCCAGGGCAGGUCUGUGGCGGGGGAGCGGGGCCAGGAAGAGCAUCCAGAGGAGCAGGAGCAGGAGGCCGCUGUGGUGGAAAGUGCGUCCCCUUCCGCCAGCACAGAUGAGGAUGACGACGACGAUGAUGAUGAUGGAUCUAUGAGUGAAAGCAAGAGAGGAAAGUUCGCUCAGGCGUCUGAUGUUAACUUUGAGGACGUCCUGAAAGCCUUGAAGAAGGAGAACCAGACCCUCCGGGAGUCUGUGGACAAAAUGUCCCUCUCUGAGAACUCCUUGAGGAACGAUGCAGAGAAGGUAAAGUUCUACACUGGCUUACCAAACUACUUUGUCCUGGAGACGGUCAUGUGGCUGCUGGCGCCGCACAUGGACGGGAUGAAAACUGUGAAGCUCUCCAAGUUCCAGCAGCUGCUGCUGACGCUGAUGCGUCUCCGUCUGGACCUCCGCAACCAGGACCUGGCCUACCGCUUUGGAGUUAAAGUUGGCACGGUAACCAGAACAGUGCACCAGAUGGUCAACAUCAUGUCCUCCACUCUGGUGCCGACAGCUGUCUUCUGGCCUUCUAGAGCCGAGCUGCGGAAAAACCUGCCGGCAGCUCUGCGCACCUCCCACCCCGACUGCGCUGUCAUCAUAGACUAUUUCAUGGUGCCUUUUGAGGGGCCGGUCUCCCGGGGCAACCAGCAGCAGCAGCAGAGGGCAGUGCCAAGCUCUCAGGGGGUGGGGACAAGUCAUAAUGUAUUAAAGUAUCUGAUCGGUGUGGCCCCGCAAGGUGUCGUCACCUUCGUCUCCAGGGGCGUGCUGGGAAAUGUCAGUGACAAAAGCCUGGCUGAGGGCUGCGGCUUUCUGUGCAAGCUCCUCCCAGGCGAUGUCGUAUUGGCGAGUCGUGACCUCGACAUCGCCGAUUCUGUGGCCGCCAGAGGAGCUCUGUUCAAAAUCGCUGGCAGCUACCAAGCAGAGGCGCAGGGGAGCUCAGAGUGUUUGCCGCCGGCUGAUGCUUCCUCUGAGACAGUGAGCGUGCAGAGACAUGUGGAGAGGGUGAUCUCCAUGGUGAAGCAGAGGUACGCCAUGCUCACAGGCCCAGUCGAGAGCCCCUUCACCACGGUCUCUGAGCGCACGUCGAACCUCUCAACCUUUGAUAAGAUUGUGCAAGUCGCCUGUGCCUUAAACAAUCUGUGCAUCUCUGCUGCUCCACUAGAGUGAUUCGUACACUUAGUGCUCCUUAAUGCUGGUCACUUACGUUCCCUUUACUGCUUCGGAUCUUACUCCACGUUCCCCACUGCAUCCCAGUGUCAACACUACAUGUUCACUAUAGACAACUGAUUUCUAACUAUACACCUUAGUUUACACUUUCAGUGGAUGUGACUCCCUGUUAUCCAAAAACCACGUUGCCAGGAUGUCAUGUCAUUAAAGGGCUAGUUCAGAUUUUUUGAAGUGGGGUUGUAUGAGGUACUUAACCACAGUCAGUGUGUUACAUAACAUUGAUAUCAGUCGGCACACCCCCUGUUUGGAGAAGCAGGCUGGAGUUGGACACAGAAGCUAAGCGAUGUUCUGCUGUGGAAGUAUUUUAGUCACCCCAAAAAAUCGUUGCUGGUCCAACGCUGCCUCGGUCGGUGACUCUGGCGUUUUAAGUGGUUAGUUUGGAUUCACCAAAGACACAAAAUAACACAAACUAACUAAAGUUACUGUUUUGCCAGCAGAGUCAACCCAGUCUCACUCUGAAGUCGUUGAAAUCUGGCGCUCAGGCAGUGUCUUGUGGCGUCAGACACUGACGAAAAAAGCUGGUUGCUGUUAAAGUUUAACAGCGCAUGGUGGCAUCAGGGGGAAAUGCAGCGUGACAAGAACAAAUGUUAAGGCGGCGAAAGUCCAAAAAUUGAGUGUUUCUCACUGGAUUUUGCUUUUGCCUGGAUGUAAAAGUCUCUGAAAGAGAUUACACACCAUCCUCGGGACAUAAAAACUCUCCAAUGACACAGUUAUCUUCGGGGUAACAGUAGCAGGAUGAAAACUAUGCUAGUAGCUCUGUGGGGCUGAACUUGUGGGGCACAGCUGUGCUUUGAGCUAAAUGCUCCAAAUGGUUACAUGCUGAUGUUUAUCAGGUAUAAUAUCAACCAUGUUCACCAUCUUAUUUUAGCCUGUUAGCAUGAAAACAUUUGCUAAUUGGCAGCCCUUGAAAAGCUCCAGUGAAUGGUCCCUCGCCAAAUUUGCUUUAAUCAAAAUCAAUGCAUAAAUGUAAACUGACUGAGAGACAUGAGGGCUGCAUAGUAGGGAUGCACGAUAUUGGAUUUUUUUGCCGAUAUUCAAUAUGCCAAUAUGUAACA